CCUGGAAGCUAGACUCCUUUACGGGCAGAAAAACCUUAUAAAUGGCCCUUCAUACAUGACAGAAGGAUCAGGUCGUCAUCGCUUAAAUCUCAUUCACACCAAGAUAAGUCGCGAUGGAAGGCUCCGUCUUCUUCAACUUAAUCGCAUACUUUACGUCCUUUAGAGUUUGCAACAUAGCCAUCUUCACCAGAGGAAUCCUUUGCGGUUGUUUACUGAUCAUCCGCCUUCUUUUCACCCCCAUCAAGUGUAUCGUUCAAGAUGAGCCCUUUGUUGAGGAGGAGGAGGAGGAAGGCGAAGACGAGGCCUUGCCGCCCAAGGAAUGUGAGUCAUGCAACAAUAGAGGAGAACUAACCUAUGAUGAUAUUAAAUUGGUCAUGAGAAGUCUUGGAAUGGUGGGUUGGAGGAGUGAUGAAGUGGGGGAGAGUGGAGGUGAUGGCAAGUGCAAGGAGUGUAGACUAGUGGAAGGAGUUCAUGUGUUGUUGGAGGAGAAAGAAGCUAGUUUGGAGGAGUUGGAGGAAGCAUUUUAUGUGUUUGACAGGAACGAGGACGGAUUCAUUAGCCCCAGGGAACUAUGGGCUGUGUUGAGGAGGUUGGGAUGGGAGGGGAUGAAGCUGGAGGAUUGUGAGAGGAUGAUACGAGUAUUUGAUGAGGAUGGUGAUGGGAGGAUUGAUUUCAGAGAGUUCAAGAGCUUGAUGGAGAACGCUAGCUAAGUAGCUUAUUUUCUGCUCCUCUUUUCUUUUUCUUUUUUUGUCCACCCCUUUCAGUACUGCCUGCAAGGAGUUUGUGGUUAGAUGCUCCGUUCUGCACUCAGUUUAAUUUUAUGUUAGUAUGAAUGAUCAGAAUGGUACUUAGCUUUUGAUAUGGCAAA